UGGGGAGAGGGGCGCCCCGCUUCCUCGCCAAGUACCAGCCCUUGGAAGUUGCCCCUUGGUUUUUAACCCUUUAGGGGGAGUGGGAAGAACGAGCAAGGGGGAAGACGAUACCCUGGGGCAAACUCCUACUGGGGCCAGGACGUGCAGCCACCCACCCACCCAUCACUGCGUUCCACACCCCCCGGAAAUGCGGGGCAGAGCUCGGCGCCAGGAGGCACCCGGACGGGGGGAGGGGGCGACGAACCCGAGAGGGACCCUCUCUAUGGACCGCCCCUCCUUUCUUGAGGUCGCCCACAAUUUCAAGUUUCCCCCGUCUGGGAUGUUAGUUUCCAUCUGCUGUGGGUGGGGGAGGAGGGCCGCGCCCCCUCCCCCAGACUAGCGCGCGCCCCUCCCCUCCGCUCCUGCCAGCACUUUCUGCUCACUUCUGGCGCUGCAAAACGCCACGCGAUUUAUUCAAGUCGCAUUUUUAAACCAGCGAGUCAGGAGCAGAGCCUAGGGCGAGGGUCUUCCAGCACUGGAGCCCCGGGAGGCGGAGUGCUCGGUGCAAACCUCAUUCCCUCCGCGAGUGUCGCCUUCAGGCUGUUAUUUGCAAAGAAACGUCUUUUUGACGCAGGGAGAAAUGGCAAAUUUUAAAUGGAAGAGAAGAGGCGAAAAUACUCCAUCAGCAGCGACAACUCUGACACCACUGACAGUCACGCUACAUCUGCAUCAAGAUGCUCCAAACUGCCCAGCAGCACCAAGUCGGGCUGGCCCCGACAGAACGAAAAGAAGCCCUCAGAGGUUUUCCGGACAGACUUGAUCACAGCUAUGAAGAUCCCAGACUCUUACCAGCUCAGCCCGGAUGACUACUACAUCCUGGCGGAUCCCUGGCGACAGGAAUGGGAGAAGGGCGUGCAGGUGCCCGCCGGAGCAGAGGCCAUUCCAGAGCCUGUGGUGAGGAUCCUCCCACAGUUGGAAGGCCCCCCUCCCCAGGUGUCCCCUAGCAGCUCCGAACUUGGCGAGGGCUCCCAGCCUGAUUGGCCAGGGGGCAGCCGCUAUGACCUGGACGAGAUUGACGCCUACUGGCUGGAACUCAUCAACUUGGAGCUCAAGGAGAUGGAGAGGCCAGAGCUGGACGAGCUGACGCUAGAGCGUGUGCUGGAGGAGCUGGAGACACUGUGCCACCAGAAUAUGGCACGCGCCAUCGAGACGCAGGAGGGGCUGGGCAUUGAGUAUGAUGAGGACGUUGUCUGUGACGUGUGCCGCUCUCCCGAGGGCGAAGAUGGCAACGAGAUGGUCUUUUGUGACAAAUGCAACGUCUGCGUGCACCAGGCUUGCUACGGGAUCCUCAAGGUGCCCACGGGCAGCUGGCUGUGCCGGACGUGUGCCCUGGGUGUCCAGCCAAAGUGCCUGCUCUGCCCCAAGCGAGGAGGAGCCCUGAAGCCCACCAGAAGUGGGACCAAGUGGGUGCACGUCAGCUGCGCUCUCUGGAUUCCUGAGGUCAGCAUCGGGUGCCCCGAGAAGAUGGAGCCCAUCACCAAGAUCUCGCAUAUCCCAGCCAACCGCUGGGCUCUGUCCUGCAGCCUCUGCAAGGAGUGCACGGGCACCUGCAUCCAGUGUUCCAUGCCUGCUUGCGUCACAGCGUUCCACGUCACAUGCGCCUUUGACCAUGGCCUAGAAAUGCGGACUAUAUUAGCCGACAACGACGAGGUCAAGUUCAAGUCAUUCUGCCAGGAGCACAGUGAUGGGGGCCCGCGGGGUGACCCCACGUCUGAGCCUGUGGAGCCCAGCCCUGCCGGCGAGGACCUGGAGAAGGUGACCCUACGCAAGCAGCGGCUGCAGCAGCUGGAGGAGGACUUCUACGAACUGGUGGAGCCAGCCGAGGUGGCUGAGCGCCUGGACCUGGCUGAGGCGCUGGUCGACUUCAUCUAUCAGUACUGGAAGCUGAAGAGGAAAGCCAAUGCCAACCAGCCACUGCUGACCCCCAAGACCGACGAGGUGGACAACCUGGCCCAGCAGGAGCAGGACGUGCUCUACCGCCGCCUGAAGCUCUUCACACACCUGCGGCAGGACUUGGAGAGGGUUAGAAAUCUGUGCUACAUGGUGACAAGGCGCGAAAGAACGAAACACGCCAUCUGCAAGCUCCAGGAGCAGAUAUUCCACCUGCAGAUGAAACUUAUUGAACAAGAUCUGUGUCGAGAGCGGUCUGGGAGGAGAGCAAAGGGCAAGAAGAGCGACUCGAAAAGGAAAGGGCGCGAGGGCCCAAAAGGCAGCCCUGAGAAGAAAGAAAAAGUGAAAGUGGGGCCGGACUCAGUCCUGGGGCAGCUGGGCCUGUCCACCUCCUUCCCCAUCGAUGGCACCUUCUUUAACAGCUGGCUGGCACAGUCCGUGCAGAUCACAGCAGAGAACAUGGCCAUGAGUGAGUGGUCGCUAAACAAUGGGCACCGUGAAGAUCCCGCUCCGGGGCUGCUGUCGGAGGAGCUGCUGCAAGACGAGGAGACACUGCUGAGCUUCAUGCGGGACCCCUCGCUGCGACCCAGCGACCCUGCCAGGAAGGCCCGCGGCCGCACCCGCCUGCCUGCCAAGAAGAAACCACCACAGGACGGGCCUGGUUCACGGACGACUCCAGACAAACCCCAGAAGAAACCCUGGGGACAGGAUGCAGGCAGCGGCAAAGGGGGUCAAGGGACACCUGCCAGGAAACCACCACGGCGAACACCUUCUCACCUGCCAUCCAGUCCUACAGCUGGGGACUGUCCUGUCCCAGCAGCCCCUGACAGCCCCCCACCGCUGGCCCCCGAGACCCCGGACGAGGCGGCCCCAAUGGCCGCUGACUUGAAUGUCCAAGUGCCUGGCCCUACAGCGAGCCCCAAGCCCUCAAGCCGGCUCCGGCUGCCCCGUGAGAGCAAGGGAACCCGGAGAUCACCAGGCGCCAGGCCUGAUGCUGGGACAGGACCGCCUUCAGCUGUGGCCGAGAGGCCAAAGGUCAGCCUACACUUUGACACUGAGACUGAUGGCUACUUCUCUGAUGGGGAGAUGAGCGACUCAGAUGUGGAGGCUGAGGACAGCGGGGUGCAGCGGGGUCCCCGGGAAGCAGGGACUGAGGAGGUGGUCCGCAUGGGGGUACUGGCUUCCUAAGUUACCCCUGCUCCUGUCCUGGGCCCUGCCCUGGUCCCCCCACGAGGCCUCAGCCUAGUCACAACUGCCAUUUCCAAUCUCUGCUGAGUGUCUCAGACCCUCGAGGCUGCCACUCUGUUGUGGUUUUAUUUUUAAUAUAGAGAGAGUUUCGAAUUCCACACUGUUGUCUUUCCUCUGUGCUGGCCUAGGACAUUAGGAUUCCUUCCACGGCUCUAGCCACGAGGACCAUACUAGGCCCUGUGCACCGCCCCUGCUGCGGCAGCAUCCCCGCCCUGGCCCACGUGGCACUGCUGGGCUCCUGGCUAGAUGUAGGCAAGGUGAGGAAGAGCUCGGGACUCCAGCCUGCUGCCCCUGGGUGACACAGACUGUCGUUUGGGCAUUAUUUCAUGGCAGAUGGGCCAGCCCAGGGCCUGCCCCUCCUUGCCCCCAAAUCCCACUGGGGUCUAUUUGGGGGGUCCUGCUGCACUCCACUGAUCCCCAAGGAAGUAUAAUAAGUGAUACCCAGCCAGAGUCUACUCACUGUCACAAGCACAACGAGCUUAUACGAGAAAGCACUGAGGGGGCGCAGAGGGCCCGCCGGUUCCAGGGGAACCACAGCCGUUCCUGAUCAACCCACAUCAUCUGAGGCCUGCCCGCCCACCCCGCGACCCUCCACUCCCUUGCUGCUCUGCCCCUGCCAGUGCCCAGCCCAGCGGCUCUGGGAAGGGGUUCCCAGAAUCCUUCCUGAGCUGUGCCAUUUACUCAGGGGACUCCCAAACAGCCAGCCGCCAGUGCCGGCGGAGGGCUGCAAGGGAGGGCCAGUGGCCAGACAGGGGCGUGGGGCUCAGACUCGCACGCCGCAGAGAAUCGCUCUGGGGCUCCAACUUCCUUCCUUCCUUUGGGGCCAGUCUUGGCCGAAGUCUGGUCACUCCCAGCCAGCUGACCAGGCCAGACCGUUUGCCUUUUCAAGUUUCCCAGCCCUGCUACGAGAUGAGCUUCUUCCUUGUUUUCCUUUUGGAAACUCCUCCCUCCAACGAGCAGUGGGAUCCCGGGGCCCAGGGCGGCCGGUGGUGGCCUGCCGGGGCUGUUUUAAGUCUUGCUGGAUGUUCCUGGUUCCUCUGUCCCUCUGAGCCUUAACCCUUUCCCAGCUGUGCCCGUCCUCCCCUCCGCCACAUCUCCCCUUCCCCGCUCCCCCCCCAGGUCCCAGGUAGUUGGUCUGAAGAGUUUCAGUGGAGUGGCCCCAGGGUGAUAGCUCAGGGAACAAAUGAAAAAGGAAUUCAGUGAAAACAUGUUUUUUUCUUUUAUGAAUUACUCCUGGGUCACUUCUGCCACUGGUAAAGCCAGAACUUCUCCAUCAAGAACCUUGCAAAAGUCCAGUGAAUCAAUCGAAUCAUUCUAUGGAUGCCAAAGAAUAUUUUGACCAUAAUACAGCACAGCCUGGACCUGACAACUUGUCACUUGGACUUUUUUUUUUAAUGGAGUUCUUUAGCAACAAAGUAUAGAAACAUGUUUAUUGCACACACCCAAGGAGAGGAGCCCAGGCUCUUGGAAGAGGAUGCUGUUCUGCUGCUGAACUGUUGGAACUGGGAACCCGGUGUUGGAUUUCAGAUCCUGGGCUGGGCCCCCUGUGAGCUCUCCUAAACUCAGACUCACAGUGGGGAAGAAUACUGACAGCGAAACCAGCCUGGCAAAAGUCUUUACCCUGUGGUUCCCCCCACGCAGAUACACAAGCGCAAAUCAGCGGGGUGGGUAACAGCUUGACCACCCACCCCCGACUCCAAAACUAUCAAGGUACGACAGUGGCAUUGUCAUCGACACUCAGUUUCAUGUGAAUUUUAGCAAAACAGGAAAGAAAGAUAUGAUUGAGUUCAGAGAAUCGGACAAAUCUGUCCAGUCGGAGUGGACUCAGAGAGGGCUUCAAGGAUUCUGGGCGUUGGGACAGCAUGAGCUGCCAUGUAGAGUUUAGUCUGCCUGCCCGCCUUGGUAGUAGUGGCCAGUGCAGUGUCAGCAUCAGCGUCCCAACCCCAUUCUCUGUUUACUGCCUUUGAACAGAACUUCCUCCUUCCCCGUGCUUUGGGUCACCUCGGGUCACAACCACGUCUGUGCUGGAUUGCCCAGUCUGACCUCGCAGGAAGCAAAGGGACAAGCUUAAAGAACAACCAAACUCUGCCGGUGGUAGAACUGGGGGUGCUAGGAAUGGCUCAGGUCCAGGAGACCCAGCACUUGUCCCUUAUCCCUUCACCCAUGCUGAGGCAGAGUCUGGCUUCCUAGAGGCAGGAGCAGGGAGGGAACCAGGGAGAGAGUGUCGUGGGUCUAGCCAGGGUCUGGACCAGAGGGGCCAGGUGGGGCCGCCAGCACUCUUCAGGGGGCCUCUGCUCAAGUUGGCCUCUGGAUUCCGACCCUCUUCUCAGUUGGCUCUUGCUUUGGGCUGGACUUUCUCUGGAGCCCAUGUCCUGCACAGAACCCAGGUGUCUGGCUGGCUGGUGGGGGCUGCUUCACUCCCUGGCCAAACCCUAGAGCUGUCCUACCAGGCAGCUGUGCACCUCUAGAAUGUCCGCCAGGCUGCAAGGAGGACAAGGAUGCCGGUCCCCACCGCUAUCCUUUCUGCCUUUAGCCACAGCACCUUCACUCUCUGUCCAGCCUACUGUCUACAGGGUAGACAGACAGCCUUGCCACCCCUGAGGGUAAAGCGGGAAGCAGGGAAGAAGGCAGAAGCCCUUUUCCAGGCCAGAGGCUGAGGCACACCUUUCUCUCGACCACAUCUGUCCACACUCACUGGCCCUCCUCAGGGAGGGAGAAGCUGCUCUGUAACUCAUUCUGGCUGUUGGCCCCAUUCUCCCCAUCCUGGCUGCCCUCCACCUCCUUCCCCAUCAUCAAGUGAGAAAGGAUAAUGUGCAAGGAAAGUAUUUUUAUGGAUCGUAAAUGUAUUUUAAAACAAAUAAGGAAAAGAAAGGGAGAAGGGUUUAUUUUGUUAAAUGAGCUCUGACUUUGUGACAGUGUGUGAGCGUUUGCAGUGUAAGGAUCUUGGUUUCCUUGGAGAAGCCACCCCGGUUUCCAGAUAUGGGUGUGGGACUGUCGGGUGGGGGGUGUGCCAGGGCACGUCUCGUGUGUCUACGUGCAUGUAUGUCUGCGUGUGCAGGGUAUGGGCACGCUGUGGGACUUGCUGGGGCAAUUCCUGCGGAAUCAACUGCCCAAUUCUAACAGACACUAGCAGCAGCUGGACUUGGCAUUUCCUUGCUCACUGCCAGAUGUGGCCAACCUCUGCCCAUGCCUGCACCUCUGCAGAAUGGUCUCGAUGCCUGUAGCAAGGCUCAUGGGAAGGCCACUUCCCAUGCCCCUGGCCUACCUGGCCACAUUGGCCAAAGAGCCAGGGCUGGAGUCUGGGACCUUUGGUUGUUCUUUAAGGCACUUCCUGCCACCUUGUCCCUCAGAUGCACAGCACUCUGUGCUCCACAUCAGCUCGGGGUGAGGGGAUGAUAUGAAUGUCACAGGAGGAGACACCUUCUGUCUUUGUUUCAAAGAAAGUGAUGUGCCAUUUGUUAAUAUACAAGAGAAAUACUGAAAAUAUAUUGAAAAGAGCAAUUUUAAAUUAUUUUUGGCUUAUGUUGCAAUAUUUAUUUUCUUGUAUUAGAAAAGAUUCCUUUGUAGAGAAAAAAUGUAUUUUUCAUUAACGCAAAGACCUAUUUCUCCUUUUUGUACAUUGUCCAUGUUCGCUACCCUUAAUGAGCAAUAGAAUGUAUGGCCGCCAUGGGGUGGCCAGUGCCCGCCGUGCCCUGCAUGAUUCUGUGUUGCCCUGCUGCGUAGCUCCCACUCCCAUCCUGUCCUGCUCACUCAUGGGGGUUUCCAGACCCUGGCCCCUGCCUGGGCCUGUGUCUCAAGGAGCCCUUUGCUCUCCUCGUGUGUUGGCAAACGCAGUUAAUAAAGCAAUGUUUUCUGUG